AUGAUGGACAUCAACACGGAAAACUAUCUCGCGUUAUCGCGUCAAAUGCACAGAGUUCGCGAGCUGCACCUUGCGUGUGUUUACGUGGUCAACGAGGGUGCCUUGGACGCGGUUCUCUCCGCUCCGGCGCCGCUCCUCGAGAAGUGCUCGAUCAGCGUUUCAUCGGCGUCUUUACCACUACGCGACGUCGACCUAUUCAACGGAAGCGCCCCCCAUCUACGACAUCUCAGUCUGUCAUUCGAAGCCGGCUUCCCAUGGCGUUCCCCAGUGCUCGACAAUCUUGUGAGGUUCGAGGUUACCUCCGGACCUCUCAUAUCACUCUCCAAUACGACCACCGCGGACGUCCUAAGUACACUCGGACGUAUGCGCAGGUUGGAGCACUUGUCACUUGCCGUCAGCUUGGCCGCCGCUGAAUGGGAGGGGUCGCCAGUGUCCCUGGAUCACCUCCAAUUCAUGCAUCUCGCAUCCUCUUUUGACGCCCUUGGACAUGUCUUUGUGAACAUGUCGUUUCCGGCUUCGGCUAAGCUUUCCUUCUCCGGCUAUGGACGUACACCGCCCUUGGGCUCGCCCUUCCUCGCGCAUCUGAGCGAACACUACGCCAACAAUAAAGUCGCCUUCGCUACCGCGGACGUCUCUCAGGAGUCACGCUGCGGCACUUGUUCCCUCGCCUUCACCACUUCCGUCUCUCCAAAUUCACCAGCGGGUGAACGCCCAGAUCUAUCACUGGUUGUGAAAUGGGGCACGCUAGAGGCAAUGAAUGACGUUACGGAGGCCAUCUACUACUCGCUACCCUUCGACACUGUCCACUCGCUCACCCUCGACGGGUUCUGGGGCCCUCGCUGGCUGCACUCGAUCUUCCGGCGCUCAAGGGCCGUGAAAUACCUGCGCAUAUACGCUCCAAGCGUACCAUCAUGCCUCGCCGCACUUGCGCGCUGCGACGAAGAAGACAACGCAACGCUCUUCCCGGCGCUUGAGACGCUGAGCUUCCCGAACUGUACAUGGACGGAAUGGAGCGCAAUCCCGUUCAGCGAGUCGCGACAGGCGUACGAGCUUCUCGCGCUUGCUGCACGUAAGCGCCGUGAGACAGGAAAACCUCUGCGCGAUAUCCUUGUCGGGGAGGUGGGCAGUAGGGCGCGUAGAGGCGGUUGUCCGACUUGGGCGUAUGAUUUGGCAAAACAGCGAUUCCCGCAAGAGUUGGCUGAUUUGGUCAAGCCCGACGAGCCAUAG